AUGGGCACAAUUAACAAGCUUCUUAUCAUCAACCCAAACUCUUCGCAGUCUGUCACGGAUAACUUGAAGAGUCUGUUGCCGGUACCACCAGCAACUGAGUUAGAAUUCUACACGGGCCCACCAGAUGCUCCACCCGAGAUUGAUGGACCCGAGACUUCCAGGAAGUCCACAGAGGUUUGUCUCCCGGACCUUCUGAAGCACUACGUUGAUGAUUACUCGGGUUAUCUGGUCUGCUGUUAUUCAGACCACCCGUUAAUCUACGAAUUGAGGAAGCAUACUGCCAAACCGGUUUUGGGUAUAUUCCAGGCCAGCGUUACUUAUGCCCUCACACAGAGCCCUGAUAAGUUUGGUAUCUUGACCUCCACGUCCUCGUGGGAGAAGAUCCUCGACGAUGCGGUUUAUCACCUGUUUGGUGGUGCGAAUGUGCCACUAUUCACUGGGACAGUGGCAUCAAAUGUUGAAGUGCUGAAGCUUGGUGAUCCAAAGUACUUCAAGAAGUUGGUUGAAAAGGCGCGCAUCUGUGUGGAUUCCGGGGCAAAGACAGUCUUGUUGGGUUGUGCAGGUCUCUCUGGGUUAGAAGCGAAGCUGGAGGCUGAAUUUGAUGGCGUGAAAUUCAUUGAUAGUGUCAAAAUUGGAGCUGAAUUGCUCAACUCCUUGGUUAGAUUCAAUAGUCUUUAA